AUGAGCACCGGGCUGCCCUCCAAGCUUGAGAGUCUAGUGCGUUCGGAGUUUGAGGACACAUGCCGUCGUCGUUUCUUCUUUGGUUUGGCUUUUGACCCAUAUGGCGGAUCCGCAGGGCUAUACGACAUGGGACCACCGCUCUGUGCCAUGAAGGCGAAUUUGCUUGCCCACUGGCGCCAGCAUUUUGUACUGGCGGAGAGCAUGUGUGAAGUGGAUACCACCUGCCUGACACCGCAAGAGGUUUUUGUGACUUCAGGUCAUGUGACUCGCUUCAAUGACGUGAUGGUGCGUGACACGGUGACGGGGGAGUGCAUCCGCGCGGACAAAUUCCUCGAGGAAUACUGUGAGACACAGCUGCGUGAUUCCCAGCUGUCAUCGGAGCAGCGGGAUCAACUGGAGAGACUGCGCAUUGGUGCAGGGGCCAUGUCAACUGAGGAAAUACGUGCUUCAAUUAAGGAACUACAACUCAAAUCACCAAAAGGCAACGCCCUGAGUGAUCCCUUUCCGUUCAAUCUGAUGUUCUCCACGAGCAUUGGCCCUGAAGGUGACCGCGUCGGGUACAUGCGCCCGGAGCUCGCACAAGGAAUAAUCCUUAACUUUAAACGACUCCUUGACACCGGAAAUGCGCAGAGAAUGCCAUUCGCUUGCGCCAGCAUAGGUACAGCGUUCCGAAACGAAAUAGCACCGCGCGCAAAUCUCAUCCGUGUGCGCGAGUUUACACUGGCGGAGAUUGAGCACUUUGUGAACCCCAACGACAAAACUCAUGAGAAGUUUGCCUUGGUAAAAGAUGUUGAGAUUUGGAUGUGGGCACGUAAACAGCAAGAGCUAAACCAAGAACCGGUACAAACAACCGUGGGUGAUGCUGUUGCACAGAAAAUCAUCGAUAACGAAACAUUGGCGUACUUCAUUGCGCGGACUGCUCAGUUUUUGGAGGCAGUGGGCGCGCGAUACGUACGUUUCAGACAACACCUUCGCAAUGAGAUGGCACACUACGCCCAGGACUGCUGGGAUGCGGAGUUGUUAACAUCGUAUGGUUGGGUAGAGUGUGUUGGCGUUGCGGACCGUUCGGCCUACGAUCUCACUCAGCACAGUGGUGCCACAAAGAAAGAUUUAUGUGCAAGAGAGGAAUUUGCUGAACCCCGUACCGAACGGCAGCUGCAGCGCAAGCUUCAGAAAGGUGCCAUUGGCAAAGCUUUUGGGAAGAAUGCCGGAGAUGUGAUGGAAUACCUGAACACUGCCCCGGACGACGUGUGCGUGGAGCUUAGCAAGAAGCUCAGUGGCGGAGGGAGUGUGGAUAUUACGACGGACCGUGGCUUUACGGCCUCCAUUACUUCAAAUAUGGUGCAGUUUGAGUACAAGGACGUUAAGGUAACUGGGCGGAGCUUUAUCCCCAGUGUCAUUGAGCCAUCGUUUGGUGUGGGACGCAUUCUGUACGCGUUGUUAGAGCAAAGCUACUGGGUGCGUAGAGAUGAAAGCGCUAAGAACGAAAAGCGUGCCGUGUUCGGCCUGCGGCCCCUUAUCGCCCCUCAGAAGGUGGCUGUAUUUCCACUGCUUAUGAAGCCGGAGUUGAUACGAACUGUGGAAGAAAUCAAGGAGCGUAUGUUGCUGCACGGCAUCUCCACGCGCACGGAUGAUAGUGGUGCCUCAAUAGGGAAGAAGUACGCGCGUGUUGAUGAGCUCGGUGUGCCAUUCUGUGUGACAUGUGACAUGGAGAAUGACGGUUGUGUUACCCUGCGGGAGCGCGACUCAGCCCAACAGGUACGCAUCCCAAAGGAAAAAGUUGCUGACAUUGUCGCGGAGAUGUGCCGGCCGCUGCGUCCGCGUGAAUGGGCCAGUGUUUUGGCAGAGUUUCCCGCGCAGGCAGCCGCAACGUGA